AGGAAAAAGAAAAUAGCGUUGCGAAGCAAGCAUUCUCGCGUUCCCUCUCUUAGCGGAUUAUGGUGGACGCGAUACUCCACCAUUGCCGGCCAUUCCUCCCGCCGCCGGCGGAGACCUCAGUUAAGCCCGCUCGAGCCAGAAUCCGCCCAGCUUCUUUCCGAUGUUGGAGCAAGUGUAGGAGGGAGUACACGAGCGUAAUGAUAGUCCCGACCGGUGUUGGAGCCGCAAUCGGUGGAUUCGCCGGAGACGCUUUGCCGGUCGCUCGUGCCUUGUCCUCCGUCGUCGACUGCCUCAUAACGCAUCCCAAUGUUCUUAAUGCAGCGAUGAUGUACUGGCCGAUGCCUAAUGUGUUGUAUGUUGAAGGGUAUGCUCUUGACAGAUUUGCAGAAGGCUUGUGGGCACUUGAACCUGUUCAUCAAAAUAAGGUGGGCUUAGUUCUUGAUUGUGGAAUAGAGGAAGAACUCAGAAUACGCCAUUUGCAAGUGGCUGAUGCGGCUAGAGCUUCUCUUGGAUUGCCUGUUGUGGAGUACAUUGUCACUGAUACCGCAUUAGAGGUGGAGAAGUGGGUCGAUCCGAUGAGUGGUCAAUCAACAGGAAGAAUUAGGCAUCCUGAUUCUCUAUUGAGAGCUGUACAGACACUGAUCAACCGCUCUCAAGUGAAUGCUGUUGCAGUUGUCGGGCGGUUUCCUGAUGAUGAUGUUGAUGACGUUGACGAUUAUCGACAAGGCGUGGGAAUAGAUGUAUUGGCUGGAGUUGAGGCAAUUAUAAGCCAUCUUGUGGUGAAGGAGUUCCAGAUUCCUUGUGCACAUGCUCCCGCAAUGCUUCCUCUUCCUUUGACCCCGAUGCUUUCCCCAAAAUCAGCUGCGGAGGAGACAGGUUACACUUUCUUGCCCUGUGUGCUCGUGGGAUUAAGCAAAGCACCUCAAUACAAGGUGAACUCUCAUUCCUUAAGGAAGGAUUGUUUAUAUGCAAGUGAUGUGGAUAGUGUAGUCCUUCCUAUGGACUCAUGUGGAGGAGAUGCUGCCCUUGCAUUUUCAAGAAGCAAGGGAAAGAAGCCACUCAUAAUUGUGGUGGAGGAAAAUGAGACAGUCCUGGACAGCACUCCAGAUAAAUUUGGGAUGGAAGUGAUUGUUAACCUUCAUUACAUGCUGAGCAAGGCAGUGGUGAAGUCCAGGCCGACUGUUUUGUGGUGCUACAAGGAUAAACUUGAACUCAGCAGUCACAAGAAAAAGCGAGCCAAGCAGAUUAAGAAGUAUAUGCAGAGAGGGCUUUUGGACCCUGAGAAGGUUGAUCCUUUCCAGCUUUUUGUUGAAACUGGAGGAUUAACUUAUUGUUUGUACAAGGACUCCGAGAGAAUACUCGGAAAUACUUUUGGAAUGUGCAUAUUGCAGGACUUUGAGGCAUUGACACCGAAUCUCUUGGCCAGGACAAUAGAAACAGUAGAAGGUGGCGGAAUUAUCGUAUUGCUUCUGCGUUCUCUCUCAUCCUUGACCAGUCUGUACACCAUGGUUAUGGACUCUGAAGGUCUUUCAGAGGCAGAACGAGACUUGAAGAACUUAAAAGAAGAGCUGCAUGAUGAAUUUCCUGUUGGUCCUUUGGUCAAGAAGUGUUGUACAUUAGACCAGACGCUGCGUAGCACAGUGGCUUUACUUGCUGCACGUGGACGCGGGAAGUCAGCAGCACUUGGUUUGGCAGUGGCAGGGGCUGUUGCAGCCGGGUAUUCCAACAUAUUUGUAACAGCACCAAGCCCGGAAAACUUAAGAACACUGUUUGAGUUCAUAUGCAAGGGCUUUGAUGCCCUCGAUUACAAGGAACACAUGGAUUACGAUGUUGUUAAGAGUGUUAGUGCUGAAUUCAAGAAGUCAGUUGUCCGGAUAAAUAUCUACAAGCAACACAGACAAACAAUUCAGUACAUACAACCUCAUGAAUAUGCAAAGUUAUCCCAAGUUGAAUUACUCAUCAUAGAUGAAGCUGCUGCUAUCCCAUUGCCAGUUGUGAAGUGCUUGCUUGGUCCUUAUCUCGUCUUUCUUUCAUCUACCGUGAAUGGGUUGCCUCCUCCUGAUGAUUGUGUUCUCUAUUAUGUAAACCGCGAUACACUUUUCUCAUAUCACAAAGAUAGCGAAGAGUUUUUGCAGAGAAUGAUGGCGUUGUAUGUUUCAUCACAUUAUAAAAACUCUCCUAAUGACUUACAGUUGAUGGCUGAUGCUCCUGCCCACCAUUUAUUUGUGCUUCUUGGCCCGGUUGAUGAGUCAAAAAAUCAGCUUCCUGAUAUUUUAUGCGUUAUUCAGGUCUGCCUUGAGGGCCAUAUAUCUCGUAGAUCUGUAAUGAAAAGCUUAAGUGAAGGUCACCAACCUCACGGGGACCAAAUCCCUUGGAAAUUCUCUGAGCAGUUCAGGGAUACCACAUUCCCUAGCCUCUCUGGAGCUCGUAUUUAUGGAUAUGGAUCCGCUGCCGUGAACCUCUUGACAAGGUACUACGAGGGCGAACUGACUGGUAUUUCUGAAUUAGAUGCUGAGGAUGAUCUGGUUGAGACUCCUCAAGUUAGAGUUACAGAAGCUGCAGAGAAGAGUGCUGUUACUGGUGAACAUACAUGCAUGAUCCUCAAACCAUUGAAAAAUGGUGCUGUUGAAGUUGAUAAGUCUGAUGAAUGGGGCUUUUUUGGUCCUUUCUACCAAGAUUUCAGGCUAAGGUUUCUUAGACUUUUGAGUUCCAGCUUCCGAUCAAUGGAAUGCAGUCUUGCUAUGAGGGUCCUCGAUCCUAAAAUCAACUUCACGAAUAUGGAGGCGAAUCAGAAAAAAUCUGUCCCAGAUGGAUUCUGGAAAUCACUCACUGAAGAUCUAUCUCCUUAUGACAUGGAACGUCUGAGGGCUUACACUGAUAGUCUUGUUGAUUUUCAUUUGAUUUUAGACAUUGUUCCAGUACUUGCUCGCCUGUACUUCAGAGGAAAGCUCCCGGUCACAUUGUCUCCCGUUCAAGCGAGUGUUCUACUUUGCAUUGGCUUGCAGCAGCAGAAUUUUACUCAUGUUGAGGAACAACUGAAGUUGGAAAGAACUUUAAUUUUGUCAAAUUUCAUGAAAGCCAUGAAGAAGAUCCAUCACCAUCUCCACGGUGUUGCAUCUGAUGAGAUCCAAUCAACUCUUCCCCGACUGAAAGAGACACAACUGGAACCUCUCACCAUUUCGGUGGAUGAUGAACUCGAUGAAGCAGCAAAGCAAGUCAAGGCUAAGAUGAAGAACAAGGUGGCCGAGGAGAAGGUGGAUGGCGAGGAGAAAGAUUUGGGUAUCCUCCAGCAGUAUGCGAUAGAGGGAAGGGAUGCGGAUUUCGAGGAGGCACUACGAGAUGGCGGGAUCAACUUAACCUCGGGCGCUGUGGUGAGCUUGAAAUCUACUGCCAAGGUUGAGAAGAAGCAUGGGAAAGGGGACAAAGACCAGUCUGGGAAGAAGAGAGGUAAAGAAGAUGGUCACAAGGGAUCGAAGUCCAGUAAAAAGAGAAGAUCAUAGGAGACAUGUUUGCAUUUGUUGAAGUGUAUGGAAGAUGAUGGAGUUUAAGAUGUAACUCUGAAUGAUCACAGGUGGUAAGAGUGAAAAAUGAUUAACAAGGGCAAUUUUGUGGGAGAAUGGUAUCCUGAGCAAAGUAGGCAUUCAAUUCUGUCACUUGGCAUAUUGUUUUUGUUUAGUGGCAAAUUUUGGCUGGCCAGUGUUAUUUGUACUAUGUAUGUUGUCUCCGAGGAAAGCACAAAUUAUUAUCAUCAACAAAUUAUUAGCAUCAUAUUUCUACAAAAUAAAACUAAUAAGAACCCAC